GGCCGGAGUGCAACCCAGCAGCAGCUCGUGAGAGCCAUUCUGUUCUGUUCAGCUCUCGUUGAGGAUGAAAGUACAGACACCGAAGCGUGACUGAAACUUGUAAAUUUCUUUUGCGAAACUUAACGCAUCUCUAAUACUUGGACCACGGAGAACUAGUAAAGCAGAGCGUUUCCCGGAAACAUCGAAAGGAACGGGCCUGCGGGUUGCCAGCAACCGGCCCUUGGCAACGGAGAAGAUGAUGCAGUGACUUGAAGCUGCGGUUGCUGAUCGGUUUUCUCUCAUUUCUUUACCUCUAGCUCACAAUGACCAACGAGGAGCCUCUUCCCAAAAAGGUUCGCCUGAGUGAAUCUGACAUGAAGACCUUGACCAGAGAAGAGCUUUGUGCAAGGUGGAAGCAACACGAUGCAUAUGUCCAGGUCUUGGAGGCAAAAUAUGCAGAGCUCUGUUCCAAUGAUGUGCCAGGACUGAAAGAGUCUGAGGAAAAGCUCAAGCAGCAGCAGCAGGAAUCUGCACGCAGGGAGAACAUCUUAGUGAUGCGACUUGCCACCAAGGAGCAGGAAAUGCAAGAGUGCACAACCCAGAUUCAGUACCUCAAGCAAGUCCAGCAGCCGAGUGUGGCCCAGCUGCGGUCGUCCAUGGUGGAUCCAGCCAUCAACUUGUUUUUCCUCAAAAUGAAGGCUGAACUGGAACAGACUAAAGACAAACUGGAGCAGGCCCAAAAUGAACUGAGUGCCUGGAAAUUUACACCUGAUAGCCAGACAGGGAAGAAACUGAUGGCCAAAUGUCGGAUGCUGAUUCAGGAAAACCAGGAGUUGGGCCGGCAGCUAUCCCAGGGACGAAUCGCCCAGCUGGAGGCUGAGCUGGCCUUGCAGAAGAAGUACAGCGAAGAACUCAAGAGCAGUCAAGACGAGCUAAAUGACUUCAUCAUCCAGCUUGAUGAGGAGGUAGAAGGGAUGCAGAGCACCAUCCUUGUCCUGCAGCAACAGUUGAAAGAAUCCCGCCAGUUGCUCGCUCAAUCUCAGGGCACAUCAGCUGGAGCAGGCCCCAGUAGGACUUCACCCACUGCUUCCAGCUCAUCUGCAGAACCCUCUACUCAGCCAGAACAGGCCGGCGCUUCAUCUGAACAAGGAGGCAAAGACUACGGGAGGGUCUCCAAUGGUCCAAGAAACAGUAGCUCGUCCCAAAGGAGUGAGACCACUACACCUAGCCUGUACAGAGAGGUCAGCAGUGCCGAAGAAGACUUUCCAAUGUCCCCUGUGGCCUCCAGCCCCGGUGACACAGAGACCAAACGUCCCAACCACUCAGAGGAGGCGCCAGGAAGUCAAACUGUCUCCGGUAGAGCUGGAGGACCUGCCGGAUUCAGGAGUCAGCUAAGCGCGGGGUAUGAGAGCGUGGACUCUCCAACUGGCAGCGAGACAUCAUUCACUCAACACUCGAAUGACACAGACUCCACCACCGAUCCCAACGAGGACAAGGCUGCCCUGGUGACCAAGGGCACCAGGACUGCAGGGUCACGUCAUGCCCAGAACGGCCUGGACUCCAACACAAGUGAUGGUGCAGUUUUGUAAUGUACUUUAAUGUGUUCUAUAUUUUUUUUUUUUUUUUUUAUACAGUAUAAAACAAGGCAGCAAAUUCAUAGUCUGUAACGCAGCUCCGUUGUCCAAGAAAGUUUUCCACCGUUGUCCCUUUGCCUGUUGUGAUGCCUUUGUCACAUUUGUGUUGCUUAAUGGGGAUG